GACUGCCUUCAGAAACGCCGCGCAGUAGCAGCUCUCCUCGGGCUGAAAAAAUUCGGGAUCAUUUUAAGUCACCAGUGCAUCAGCUGCCUGCUUUGAACACAACUCGACCAGAAUAUGAAAUAUAUGCAAGCUAUUGCUACUAGGAAGACGUAACUAUGACAGAGUGCUCUUGGUUUUGCAGGAUUUGAACACUCCAAAUGCAGAAAUGAUUUGGCAAGUAACAUCUCCUUGGUCACCCCUGGUUGCACCCCUGAUUUUUGCUCUGCUUCUGCAAGCACCAUUCAGCCAUCCUUCCACCAUCACACAGCCAAACUUUGUCCUGCUGCUGGCUGAUGAUCUUGGCAUAGGGGAUGUAGGCUGCUACGGGAAUGACACUAUCAGGACCCCGAACAUCGAUGGCCUGGCCAAGGAAGGAGUGAAGCUGACCCAGCACAUCGCGGCAGCCCCGCUCUGCACGCCCAGCAGAGCAGCUUUCCUCACUGGCAGAUACCCCCUCCGAUCAGGGAUGGAUGCUGUAAAUGAUUACCGUGUUAUUUUUUGGAAUGCUGGCUCAGGAGGGCUUCCUCCAAACGAAACCACUUUUGCCAAAAUACUGCAGCACCAAGGCUACAGCACAGGACUGAUAGGGAAGUGGCAUCAAGGUGUUAACUGUGAAUCCCGCAAUGACCACUGCCAUCACCCUUUGAAACAUGGAUUUGACUACUUCUAUGGGAUGCCUUUUACACUAAUAAGUGACUGUCAGCCAACAGAAACACCAGAGAUGGACAGAGCCUUCAGGAGGAAACUCUGGAUUUCCACCCAGAUGAUUGGGCUCAUUACACUCACUGCUGUCCUUGGGAGACUGACUGGACUGAUUUCAGUCCACUGGAGAACGCUGACCUGCCUUGCUGUGUUCAGUCUCCUGUUCUUCAUAUCCUGGUUCUCAAGCUAUGGAUUUGUGCGCUACUGGAACUGCAUUAUGAUGAGAAACCAUGGAAUUACUGAGCAGCCAAUGGUGACAGACAGAACUACGUCCCUUAUCUUGAGAGAGUCCAUUUCAUUUAUUGAAAGAAAUAAGCACAAGCCAUUCCUCCUCUUUCUUUCCUUUUUGCAUUCCCACACCCCUCUCCUCACCACAGAGAAGUUUCUUGGGAGGAGCAGACACGGUUUAUAUGGAGACAAUGUAGAGGAGAUGGACUGGAUGGUGGGCCAGGUUCUUGAUGCUAUUGACAAGGAGGGCUUGAGAGAAACUACACUAGUUUAUUUUGCCUCUGAUCAUGGUGGAUGGCUGGAAAGACAAGAAGGUGGAAGGCAGCUGGGUGGCUGGAAUGGAAUAUACAAAGGUGGAAAAGCUAUGGGAGGCUGGGAAGGAGGAAUCCGUGUCCCAGGGAUAUUUAGAUGGCCAGGAGUGUUACCUGCAGGCACAGUUAUUGAUGAACCUACAAGCCUUAUGGAUAUUUAUCCUACAGUAGUUCAUUUGGCUGGAGGGGAAGUUCCUCAGGACAGGGUGAUGGACGGCCGGGACCUGCUGCCUUUGCUGCGCGGAGCGGCGGCGCACUCGGAGCACGAGUUCCUGUUCCAUUACUGCGGCGUGCACCUGCACGCCGUGCGCUGGCACCAGAAGGACACUGGAGCUGUUUGGAAGGCUCACUACAUGACUCCCAUUUUCAGUCCUCCUGGAGCUGGGGCUUGUUAUGACAGAGGGGUUUGCCAGUGUUUUGGGGAAGGAGUGGCCCAUCAUGAGCCUCCACUGCUGUUCGAGCUCUCACAAGACCCUUCUGAAGCCAAACCUCUCUCGGCUGACACGGAGCCCCUCUUUGACACCGUCAUAAGGAAGAUUGGCAGAGCCGUAGAGGAGCAUCGCAGGACCCUGACUCCAGUGCCAGAGCAGCUCUCUGUGUCCAAUGUGGUGUGGAAACCGUGGCUGCAGCCGUGCUGUGGGACGUUCCCCUUCUGUUGGUGUGAUAAGGAAGGUGAUAAUAAACUUGCUGACCUAUAAAGGAGAGAACCUGAUACUUUCUCAAAAAUGUAUUUAGAUUAAGAGUGUUUCGUUUGGGGGUGUUGACCCCAUGGGUCAUUUUUUCCCCUAAAUUGAGCCUUUAUAAAAUAAUUGUUCCGGUGAAUGACACAGUAUUUAGUAGAGGUAGCUUUAAGCUGGACACUCUCAGGGAGGGCUCGAGACAGAUGAUCCAAAGACCAUGUUUUAACUAGCAUCUGCUGACAAGUGAAUGAAUAGUUCAAAUGCACUGAAGCAGGCCAGGAUUAGAGCUGUACAAGUAAUGAUUCUGAAUGUAUAUUCAAAAGCAUUCCUUUAGGUGUUUGCAAUGAAUUUCUAAGUGAUUCCUGGACUGAGGUCUCCCUUAAUUUUGUUAUCCUUAUCUCCCUUUUGUUAUCCUGGCAAGGCAUAAGGUGAUCCUAUAAUAAAUUUUUGCAGAUUACUGCUUCCAAAAUAAUUAGAAAAUAGUCUUGCCUGCAGGUCCUCAGAAAAUAUUUCUUAGGAGAGGCUUUCUUUUUCCCUGGUAGCUAGUGACUCCAGCAGCAGUGAUGAUGACAGCUGAUUGUCCCAGGCAAGGUGUAGAGCUUGGAAAUGUGACAAUGUGGGCAAUGGCUGUCUGAGCUCUGUGAGAAGGGUGGGACUCCUCCAGUUGGAGUCAGCCUCUUUUCAUGGAAAGGAAAUAAAGGAAAGGAUUGUCCUUUUCCCUUUGCCUCCAGCUCCCUAAACAGUACUGGCAAGGGCCUUUUGACACUGAUGGCCACAGCAGUGCCACACUGAUAACCACCAGUUCAGUGACAGGAUUGCACAAGAUACCCUGAUCUCAGUUGUAAGUGUUUCCUGCUGACAAGUAAUAUGUUCAGAAAAGAUCCUUUGAAAGAUGGCAAACAGUAAUUAUGAAAACAAGCAAUAAUUUGCUAUGAAAAAAAAAUGGAGAAUUAAGGUAUUUUUUUGCUUCACAAGUUAUAUUUUCACUCCAAAGAGCUAGAAUUACUUGGGUCUAUCUCUUUGCUUUUGUGCUUUUUUUUUUUUUUUUUUUUGCUGCAGUUCUUUUCUUCUUUAUGCUAGAAUAGUUGUUUCUAAUUAAGCGGCCUUGCAGGUAAUGCUUUUUUUUGUAGGGCUGUAAAUACAUCUGCUCACAUAGACAUGUUUACACUGGUAUAUCAGAAUAGUUACACAUCUGAGAACAUAAUUUGCCCAUUUGUUUUACUUCACUGUUUUUAAUUAUUCUUUAACUUCUGUGCUAGGACCAAUUUAUCUUAUUCAUCUUACUUGGUAAACAUUUGGUUUAUUUUGGUUUUAUUUCCUCUCUUGCUUCCCACAAUUCAGUCACCAGGAAAUCUGCAGGUAAACAAAGCCCUAGAGCUUAAAAGCAAAAUAUUUUUUUUAUGCUGUGACUUCAUGCAUUUCACAUGUUAUAAUUCAAUCAGAUGCUCCAUCAGUGCUAUUGAUGAGAAACUUGCUUAGUCUUACUGUGAAAAAAUCAAGACAUUUGCUAAAUCCAUCACUUUCACAUGUUCUGAUUGCUGCUACUUCCUCCAUUUUUAGAAAUGUCUGGGUUUUUUCCUCAUUUGAGUGCAUUCUGUUUAACUGGUUUUUUCUUGGAGAGAUUUAAAGGUCUUUUCAUAUUCAAAAUGAAUUGUUUUCUUUAGCUGAAAUUACUGCAAUCAGACUGGAAUUUUUCAAUUUUCUCAGUCAUUUUCCAGGAUAUUACUUCCACUCUCAAACCAGUUCAGUGUGUGAGAUUUUAUGUCCUCUCAAUUCCUCAACAUCUUUAGGAAUGUACAGGUGAAAUAUCUGUGAAUAUGAGUGAACCAGUUUUUCUUGUGCUGAAAUACUUCAUAGCACUGUAGGAUGUGUAUAUCCCUUAGGACCAGGGAGUACUGGAAAAUGUCUUAGCUAGGAUUUGUCCUGGACACAGGUGCCAGCACAUGAAAGCACAGUGAUCAUCCCCUGCUGGUCUCCAGAGUGCCACGGGAUCAACAACCAUUCAGGGGAGAAAGGAUAUUACACUUGGAA